GGCAUACAAACGUUUAUUCGGUCGGCGUACGCGUUCGGAUUCGGUGCGUCGCACGCCAGUAAUCAGGUGUUCCGUCGCUGUUUUCACUUCGUCGUGGUGCCUCGCGCACACAUUCGGCGCUCGCUAAUAAACAAACGCGAAUCGGCCAUCGAGAGUGCCUUUUUCCCAGCGUGUUGGAAAUCGCCGAGAUAAGACCGAGUGCAUCGUUUACCGUUACUGCGUACAAAAUGACAACGAAUAGAUUUCACAAAGCCGCCCAGGAUGGCUUCGAGGUGAAGGACAUUCUGAAGGAAGCCACCAAGAAGGAUUGCAACAGUCGGGAUGAACAGGGUAUGACACCAACGCUCUACGCCGCAUUUCAUGGACAUUAUAAUGUUUUAAGCUUGUUGUGCGCAAGAGGUGGUGAUCCAGAUAAAGCGGAUUUCUUCGGAAACACCGCUUUGCAUCUUGCCGCCGCCCAAGGCCACCUGGAUAUUGUCAAGUUCCUUAUCAAGUUCGGUGUGAACAUCUAUGCGAUGGAUAUUGAUAGGCGCACACCUCAGGGAUUAGCCGGAUUGAACAAUCGGGAUGAGAUUUUGCAGGUGCUGGAUAAGUUCCGUGGUGAUUUGGAAGCGGAUGACAAAAUGACGCGGAAAGUGCGGGCUAUGAAGGAGAAGGCCAAGAAGGAUGUGGAAAAGACCCUCAAUAAAUACUACAAGUACAACAAGCAACAGCGCAUCUACCAAACCGACCGUGAUGUCCGUAGACCCACGACAAGACCCUCGAUAAUUCACACCUUAAAAAUGCGAGUUAAGAGUGGAUCAAUGUCCAACCUCAAUCAACCCGACCAACAGAUGCCCAGGAAUAGUUUCUCGGCGUUGGUGAGCGGGGGUACCAUGAACAAAAAGAGUCUGGGCAUGGGCACAGUACAAAGACGAGCAAUGGCCAAAAAGGGCAACGUUGCGGACAAUGGAGAGUUCAUAAUAAGCACAAUUGAAGAUGGAAAGAGAACUACCAGGUCCAUCAAAGGAUCUCGUCAUGACACCGAUGUGCUAUUGACGGGGGCCAUUGAAGGUACCGGCGCUAAUCACCUGGAGAGCAUGUUCAACGAAGCUGAAGAUGCUUUGGACAACACCAUCAGCGGCAGUGGUACCCUCCACCGUUCCAAGUCCCAACCAGACUUCCUACAACAACUGAACGAAAAUCAAGCCAGUAUAUUUUCACGUCCCGACCUAGGCAGCUUUGCUUUCGGUAAGAGUAUUCGAAACUUCGUGGUUGCUGAGCCAACUGUCGACGACAAGAGCUCGAUCGAGUCCCGGUACGAGGACGACGUAGACCUGCUCGACAGUGAUAACAGUGACGAUGACGUUGAGCUGUCGGCCAUCGAACGUUUCCUCACCGCCUGCGGCUUGGGAGAAUAUCUACCGCGAUUCGAGGAUCAAAAGAUCGACUUGGACACGUUGAUGAUUUUGACCGAGACCGAUUUGAAAACGCUGGGCUUGCCAUUGGGUCAUUUCAGGAAAUUGGUAAACGGCAUCAAUGAGCGCAAAGGCGCGUUGGAGAAUCCGGGCGAUCUUACAGACGGUACUGUUUGAUUGCGCCGGAUUGGAACUAGCCAAAUGUCAUUAUUAUACAUACAAAUUAUUUAUGAUUGUGAAGAUAUAUGCUGUAUAAAUAAUAAUAAUAUAUUCACUAAUAAGUCA